CUCUCUCCUCGCGCCUCUGCGCAGACUCAGACUAUGGGUCAGUGGCUCCCUGGGAGCGCGAGCUGUUAGCGCGUAUCUUAGCGUAGCGGUUAGCUGUUAGCUCGGACUUUAGCGGAGCUGAUCCAGGUGAGCCCGGGUGGCUCAAAUGCCCGGAUCUUCCGGUGAAACGCAACCAACAACUGGUGCCGUGACAAGGCCGCGGAGACAGGUGUGUGAGCUGUGCUGACCUUGGCGGCGAUGGCGCUGAUCGAAGGUGUCGGUGAUGAGGUGACGCUGCUGUUCGCCGCUCUGCUGCUGCUAACGGUGCUGCUGCUCGCCUGGAUCUCCACCCGCACAUCCGAGCCCCCUGAACACCUGUUCACAGGCUCCUCCCCUUUACAGAGGCCUGGGCAAACCCAGCAGGACACGCCCUUUUCAUCCACCACCGCCUCCUCAUCCUCGUCCCCCUACCCACCAUCCUCAACCUCCACGUUCCUCAUGUCCUCGUCCUCGCCUUCCUCCUCUGUGAACGACAGCUUCCUGACAGAGGCUCCUCCCACACUAGAGGAUGGACAGGUGGGAGGGGACGGGGUGAGGCGCAGAGGAGGAGACGGGGAGGAUGCAGCGUCUCAGCGGAAUAUGGUGGUCAGACUCAAGUUCCUGAACGACACGGAGAGGAUGGCGCAGGUCCAACCGCAGGACACGGUCGGGUACAUCAAGAGGACCUACUUUGCGGGGCAGGAGCAUCAGGUGCGUCUCAUCUAUCAGGGCCAGCUGCUGCAAGACGACGCGCAGACGCUCGCCUCGCUGAACCUCGCUCAUAACUGCGUGCUGCACUGCCACAUCUCGCAGCACGCGGCGCGGGGGGCGGCGGGGGGCCAGCGGGCGGGAGACCAGGUGCGCGUGGCGCUGAACGUGGGCAGCCUGAUGGUCCCGCUGCUCGUGCUCAUGCUGUCCGUGCUGUGGUACUGUCAGAUCCAGUACCGCCAGUUCUUCACCGCCCCCGCCACCGCCUCGCUGGUCGGCGUCACCAUCCUCCUCAGCCUGGUGGCCUUUGGCGUCUACCGCCGCUAGCCUGCCGUGGGCCGGCGGCGGGUAUGAGAUGCCACCUGCAGUUAGUGUUUGUUUCUGUUGCCAUGGAGACGUCGUGAGGACAGAGACUCUUAUCAUUAGAUCACGUUUAUCUUCAUCAUCAGCGUGCCUCUUUGAUUUCUGUGGGAGGCACAGACACACCUGUCUG